AUGGACAUCUCUGAAGGGCGCGCAAUAUCUGUUGCUUAUUUUCCUGCAUCAAGAACAAUAAUUGUUGUGGUGGUGAAUCCUUAUCAAAAUAAAGAUUUGUCACCAUCUUUUCUUGAAAAACAAUUCCUCCACGCUUGCCAGGCAUUAUCACUUCAGCUGUCUCCUAGGAAUGGAAUCAUUAUCAAGGUAGACUACGUUGGAUACGUAAAGGAUGCUGAAAAGAUUUUGCACCAAGCAAUUAAUGAGCACAGACAUGAUCAUGGACCUACAAUUGCUGUUAUUGAAUGCCCAAAUGUUCAGUUAAUAAAGUCAGGUAUACGAGCUCUUGAUGAUUUUCCAUGUGUGAGCAUUCCGUGUAAUGCUCGAGACAGUCAAUAUCAGGUCCUUGGGUGGCAACAAGUGGCUGCAAAAAUUGGCAUGCAACGAUGUGCUGCAUCAUCUCAGUGGUUGAUUGAUAGAAUUUCUCUCUCAAGAUAUGCACAUGUACCAUUGGGCAAUUUUGAAGUUGACUCCCUUAUGCAUACAGCUGAUAUCUUCUUUUCAAGAGCAUUACGUGAUAGCCAGCAGGUACUUUGGAUAUCUGAUGAUGGUAUUCCAGAUCUAGGAGGCAUUAACGAAGAAGGUGGAUUUUUUGCAGAUGAGGUCCAUCAACCAUUUGUAAUUACUAAACCUGGAGCAUAUAGAAAGGUCACUGUGGAGCUAAAGAUACAUCAUCUGGCUGUAGAUGCUCUUCUGAAAAGCAACCAAGUGAAAGAAAUGGAAGGAGGUGCUUUGCUAGGAUUUGAAUCAGACAUGACACUCACCAUAAAAUGCAAUCAAAGCAUUCAUGAGUGACAUAUCUGAGUCAACUCCAACUUUAACUCCAUGACAAUGAAUCAGUUUUCCUAAAUCCAAAAAUUCUAGACUAGCAUAAGUAGGGUGGAUGCUGACCAGUGUAACCAACAUUUGGUUGGGAACCUGAAGCAAUCAUGUCUUGCAAAAGACUCAACCCUUCUUUAUAGAACCCAUUUUUCACAUAGCCUGCUGUCAUUGCAGUCCAGGAAACUAUGUUCUUCACAACCAUUGCAUUAAAAACCAGCUCUGAGUUCAAAGUUUCACCAUUCUUUGCAUACAUACUCACCAAGGAGCUCUGAACAAAUACAUCAGAACUAAACCCUUAAAUUAUGUUACAAUGCACUUCUUUCCCUUCUCUUAAAGCCAACUGCACCUCACAAGAUCGAACUACAAAGGGAAAAGUAUAGUUAUCGGUGAAAAACCACUACGAUACAUUUUUCUGUGCAAAACUAUGGCUUCAUGACAAGCUCCCCGAUCAGCAUUACCCCUGAUCAAGGUGUUCCAAAGAAAUACCUCUCUUUCAGGCAUGGCAUCGAACAUAUUCCUUGCAUAAUCCAUGGUAGGGGCCAUAGAAGAAGCCAAAGUUACAAGCUCUGUUAUAAGGGGAAGGUUUUGAUAGUACCCAAUUUCAAUGAUUUUAGCAUGGAUGCAUUUAAGGUCUGAAAGAGGAGCAAAAUUGUAAAAUAUGGUUCAAGGGGAGGGAAUGGUAGUUAUUAGGACGGAAGUGAAAUGCGAUGGAGGUGAUGUGUUUGAGUUUUCUUUGGAGUGUCAAGACGUUUUGGGAUUCGGUUUUAUACUUCGCAGUAGGAAUGAUCGGUUCAAAAGU